AUGCGAAGCACGGGCCAGAAGUGGGAUAUUGACGAAUGUGCACUGGUGGAUUACCCAUGUGAUGAUAACGCAGACUGCACCGACACCGAUGGCUAUUUCAUUUGUCAAUGUACCGACGGUUAUGAAGGAGACGGAAAUACUUGUCAAGAUAUUGACGAAUGUGCUCGUUCACUUCAUACAUGCGACAUCCACGCUGACUGUAUUAACGCCCAAGGUUCACAUAUGUGUGUCUGUGUUUCUGGAUGGACUGGUAACGGAACGUUUUGCCAAGAUUUAGACGAAUGUGCGAAUGAGCCGUGUGCCAGCACUAGAUAUAUAUGCGAAAACACACCUGGUAGCUUUGUUUGCAAUUGUCCUAUUGGCUACUUUGGGGAUGGAUCAUCAUGCAUAGACAUUGAUGAAUGUAGCAGCGGUACUCAUAACUGCUCUGAUACAGAAACCUGCUCUAAUAUCAACGGUGGAUUCGAAUGUCCAUGGAGAGAAGGCUACAACUUGACAGAUGGAGCAUGCAAAGAUAUCAAUGAAUGUGCCGCUGUUGAUCCAUGUGAUGUGAAUGCAGACUGUGAAAACACCAUUGGAAGUUUUAUGUGCACGUGCCAUUCCGGAUUCAUGUUAAGUGGAAAUGGCUGCCAAGAUAUGAAUGAAUGUGAACUAACCAUCGAUGACUGUGAGCAAUUGUGUAACAAUACAAUUGGAGGCUAUAAUUGUUAUUGUAACGAUAACUAUGACUUAAGUGAAGACAACAUAUCUUGUCAACCCGUAAAUGGUUCUGAAUGUGUUACUGAUCCGUGUGUGAACGCAUUCUGCUCAAUGAAAGGUGCUGCUCAUGAAUGUCUGUGUAAACCAGGAUAUACAUCGAUCGAUGGAAACACCACCCAUUGUCAAAGUAACAAAAUCACAAUUGUGAUAGCAUGGACAGAGCCUAAGAUAGAUAAAUCGUCAGAUGAUAAUUGUUUCCUUAAUAUUUUCCGCCUUCUAGAUAUUGAUGAAUGUGAGCAUAUUCGACUCUACUGUUCUGGAAAUGAGACUUGUGAAUAUGAAAAAUGUGAUGAUGCUGGCUUUUGUAUUAAUACCAACGGUUCAUAUGUGUGUCAAUGUAAGAGCGGUUAUACAGGAAAUGGCAUUAUUUGCUUUGAUGUGGAUGAAUGCUCAACAAUGCCAUGCGAUUCCAUGGCCACCUGUAGUAACGCACCUGGAAAUUACACAUGCCUCUGUAAUUCAGGGUUUUCUGGUGAUGGCCUCGUUUGUCAAAAUAUUAAUGAGUGUGAGUAUAACAGAACUUGCAAUGAAAACGCUGUAUGUACAGACACGGAAGGAGCUUACCAAUGCAAUUGUCACGAUGGUUUCCGUGGAGAUGGAAUAACAAGUUGUAUUAAUAUCGAUGAAUGUGCAGAAAACACUGAUGAUUGUCAUGCCGACGCCACGUGUAUUGACACACCUGGAUCAUUUACAUGCAUGUGUAAUUCUGGGUUUAAUGGAACUGGAAAAACCUGUGAUAGUAAGAAAUACAGCUUCAAUUUUUUCAAAUGUUUCACAAUUUAGAAAUAUAAAAAAAUU